AUGAUCACAAACGUUUUGGUGGCUUCAGAGGAUUUGGUAAUAACAAUCGAUUUGGACCAAACAGAGGAUUCGGCAACCAGAGAUUUGGUAACCAGAGAUUCGGUGAUCAACAACGAUUCAUUGAAAAUGAACAUGCUGCCGGACGUUUUGGAAAUCAAAGAUUUGGUCAAAACAGAUUCCGACAAAACUGUUUGCGAAAAAUGGUGUAAUCUGAUCGUUGGUCGUACAAGGAGAGUCAGAUAUUUGACUGAUCAAUGGGAUUAUUUGCCUGAUUGUUUUGGUAGUUUCGUAAAGCGACCUAUUGAUGUAACCUGUUUGAGCAAAUUGUUUCCGAAUUUAAGGAUUGCCGACUUGUUUCACAUAUCAAAUGUACUACGAAGUAAUGAAACUAUGAUAAUAAGAACGCCAAUGAAAGAUAUUGAUAAACUAAUCAGAGAUUCAGAAUCUUUAAAAGGAAUGAUCUUUCCUUGUAAUUACUAUUUGGAUUUUGAAUUGAUGCCGGAAAUCGCUAACCUCGAAAUGUUAUCUACUCGGAACAUCAGUCCAAAAAUAAGUGGAAUCUAUGAAAAUGUGAAACAAUUGCACCUUUGGAACUGUAAUUUAGGUAUAUUCGAAUGCAUCGCACAUUGUUUUCCAAAUCUUGAAAGGAUGAAAAUUUAUGUUGCAGACGAUGUAAAAGAUUAUCGCCCUGAUCAUCCAGCAAUGGCAAAUCUUAAAAUAUUUGAAAUGGCUUUUUGCAGUUUUGAUUGGCCUCGUGACAAUUGCUAUUCAUUUUUAUUCAUGGACUUGUGCCCAGCAUUACAGAGUGCUCAUAUCAGAAUUGAUUGCAGUCACAUUGUGUUCAAUGAUUCGAUAAAACAUGCAAACUUACGAGAUUUGGUUACACAAUUUUCAGAACCAAUCGAAUGGGAUGAACUACGAAGACUAAUGUUGAAAUAUCCAAAUCUAAAGCAUUUGGCAUUACGAAAUGAACUUUUAAGUGAUGAAGACAUCAAGCGAUUGAUAUUAAUUUUGCCAAAACUAACACUACUUGAUAUUCGUGAAUCUAAUGGAGUCACUCAAGAAGCUGCUGAUCAUGUGCGGGACUAUUGUAAGCGGUAUGGCCGAUCAAUCAAGAUUUAUUUCAAAGCCAACGACAAACAAAUUGAAACUGACUGGCCGCAGUCAUUAAAUCGACCAGAACUAAUCUGUCGUGGAUUUGAUUUCAUGGAACAUUGUUUUUUCAAAAAUUUUUAUUACUUACCUAAUUUUUUGGAUCCAAUAGAUGAUUAA